GACAGCUCUUACCAGUUCCAGGUGGAGGCCGUGGAUACAGGUUAGUUGUUUUGGAUAGAGAGUACCGAUGACGUGGACGGGAUAGAGUACUGGUGAUGUGCAUAGGAUGGAGACAAUGGAUUAACGAACAUGUGCAUAGGAUAGGGUACCAAAGAUGUAAACAGGACAUAAUGCUGGGGAUAGUAAAGAGUACUGGCGGUGUGGAUAGGAUAUGACACCUAGGAUGUGGAUAGGGUACUGAUUAUGUUUUGUUUUUUUAGAGAUUUUGUCUAAGUUAAAGACUGUCUAGCAGAUGCAGUUUCUGGUAGUGGCUAAGUUAAAGACUGUCUAGCAGAUGCAGUUUCUGGUAGUGGCUAAGUUAAAGACUGUCUAGCAGAUGCAGUUUCUGGUAGUGGCUAAGUUAAAGACUGUCUAGCAGAUGCAGUUUCUGGUAGUGGCUAAGUUAAAGACUGUCUAGCAGAUGCAGUUUCAUCACUGUGUGUAGUCGUCCAUCACUGUGUGUAGUCGUCCAUCACUGUGUGUAGUCGUCCAUCACUGUGUGUAGUCGUCCAUCACUGUGUGUAGUCGUCCAUCACUGUGUGUAGUCGUCCAUCACUGUGUGUAGUCGUCCAUCACUGUGUGUAGUCGUCCAUCACUGUGUGUAGUCGUCCAUCACUGUGUGUAGUCGUCCAUCACUGUGUGUAGUCGUCCAUCACUGUGUGUAGUCGUCCCUUCAAACGUCUUUUGGGCGUACUUUUUUAGUUUGGGGUAUUAAUUUUCUGUUUUAUAUAUAUAUAUAUUCUACUGAAAUUAGAAGACCGUUCAAAGUAUACAAUAUUGAUCUCAAUAGGAGCUUCUACAAUCUGAAAGUAGAAGACCGUUCAAAAUAUACAAUAUUGAUCUCAAUAGGAGCUUCCACAAUCUGAAAGUAGAAGACCGUUCAAAAUAUCAAUAUUGAUCUCAAUAGGAGCUUCCACAAUCUGAAAUAGAAGACCGUUCAAAAUAUACAAUAUUGAUCUCAAUAGGAGCUUCUACAAUCUGAAAGUAGAAGACCGUUCAAAAUAUACAAUAUUGAUCUCAAUAGGAGCUUCCACAAUCUGAAAGUAGAAGACCGUUCAAAAUAUCAAUAUUGAUCUCAAUAGGAGCUUCCACAAUCUGAAAGUAGAAGACCGUUCAAAAUAUCAAUAUGUAUCUCAGUAGGAGCUUCCGAUAGUUGAAAAAAAGACGAUCUUUCAAGAUUUCAAUGGUUCAUUUAAGGUUGUUUUUUUUUUUAAGUUCACCCCACCCCCAAAUCUCCUAUCGCUUCAAUUAAAAAUUGAGUGUCAAACCAUUGGUUAUGUGUUCCCUGAAGGCCCUCGGUUGUAAAAGUACACACACUUUCAGUGUUUAACCAGACCGAAUUCAGAUGUACACGUGUACACACUUUCCCUAGACUCUCUCUCUCCCCCCCCCCCCCCCCCCCCACAUUUGGUAUUCAUCCUUCCUCCCUACCUGGGCCUGAUGGACUUACCUGUUGUGAAUGUUAAAAGAACAGGUUUUGGUCCGCAACUUGAAACAAUCAUUUUUACCUCUUGCACUUGUUAUGACAGCGUGAUCUCGUCAAGGGAGACAAGUAACACGGUCUCGGGGCAGGAGUUAGAGUUCUUGGUCAUUGUGUUAAUUUAAUGGCGUGGAUCAAAUCCAUUCUUGUCUUCACAUCACACACCCGCAGCGGUUCUAAAGAUUUGUUUAGAUCUCAGAGACCCUGAAGUCAUUGAUAAGCGCCCCCCCCCCCCCACUCACGCCCUACCCCUUCCCACCCGCCGCGGUUCUAAAGAUUUGUUUAGAUCUCAGAGACCUUGAAGUCAUUGAUAAGCGCCCCCCCCCCCCACUCACGGCCUACCCCUUGCCAUGUAAUAAGCUUAAUAAUCUGAACUCACAUUACUUAUAACAAAUAUUUGAACAGACAUCAGCUUGUGUUCUCAACUAUAACAGUGAUGAUUUGGACAUCAUAUGAAGUGCCCCUAUUUAUGUCAAGUGAAAUGGUCAACAAAAAAACAAAGUGACCUCCCCGAUUUAGUUAACCGACCCAAAUGUGACACUUCACCAAUAUCAUUAGACAUGUCACUGAAGACGCUUCGCUGGAAGCACAUGAAAUUGCAUUAAUGCCACUUGACAUUUCACUGAUACCACAUUGCACUAUAAUGUCACACGAUACCUCACUGAUAUCACAUAACAAUGCACGGAUACAAUAUGUCAUUUUCCAGUUACUCCAUGUUACAUGCAUUACCCUAACAUUCCUUCCUAACUCUAUAUUCUCCCCCACAGAUAACCUAACCACCCAGGCUGUUGUCAGAGUGGAGAUAUCCGAUGUCAACGAUAACCACCCUAGGUUUGAGCCCAGGGAGUACGCCAUCAAUGUUAUGCUCAACGCCUCACCUGGUCCACUGGUCAAUGUACAAGCCAGGGACCGAGACAGUGGGAUAUUCGGGACCGUGACCUACUCGAUUAUUGGCGGCAAUGACAAUCAAAUCUUCGGUAUAAACGCAGACACAGGUAAGUGGGAUCUCAGAUGAAACAAGUAGAUUUAUAAACUCUAACGUGUACUACCCUUUAUAUUCUUGUAUGUUCAUUUUCAGUGGACAAAUAUGGGGUGGGGAUAUUGAAACAAUCCUGGAGUUGUUAGUGCGGUGCUUUACUCCAGAUUCCGAAUACAGUUAAAGCUGAAGUUGCUGCCGCUUUUUUUUUCCUUCCUGGGCGGGAUCAUGACGAGACCUGUCAAUGGGUGGGCAGGCAGUUAAAUUGUCAAUAGGCACCUGUGAAAAUCCCCAUAAAGGCUGUGAGCAACAUCCAACGUGGCAAGCUAUAUGAACACCAGGAGACAAAAAAGCGCUCUCAGCAUUCCUACUCUUCAGUCAGGAUCAGUUUGACACCUGAACAGGUUGAAAGAGGGUUGAAGGGAUGGAGGUGGCACCUGUACAGUUCCAGGUUGAAGGGAUGGAGGUGGCACCUGUACAGUUCCAGGUUGAAAGAGGGUUGAAGGGAUGGAGGUGGCACUUGUACAGUUCCAGGUUGAAAGAGGGUUGAAGGGAUGGAGGUGACACCUGUACAGUUCCAGGUUGAAAGAGGGUUGAAGGGAUGGAGGUGGCACCUGUACAGUUCCAGGUUGAAAGAGGGUUGAUGAGAUGGAGGUGACACCUGUACAGUUCCAGGUUGAAAGAGGGUUGAAGAGAUGGAGGUGACACCUGUACAGUUCCAGGUUGAAAGAGGGUUGAAGGGAUGGAGGUGGCACCUGUACAGUUCCAGGUUGAAAGAGGGUUGAAGAGAUGGAGGUGGCACCUGUACAGUUCCAGGUUGAAAGAGGGUUGAAGGGAUGGAGGUGACACCUGUACAGUUCCAGGUUGAAAGAGGGUUGAAUGGGAUGGGGAUGACACCUGUACAUUUCCAGGUUGAAAGAGGGUUGAAGAGAUGGAGGUGACACCUGUACAGAUCCAGGUUGAAAGAGGGUUGAAGAGAUGGAGGUGACACCGUACAGUUCCAGGUUGAAAGAGGGUUGAAGAGAUGGAGGUGGCACCUGUACAGUUCCAGGUUGAAAGAGGGUUGAAGAGAUGGAGGUGACACGUGUACAGUUCCAGGUUGAAAGAGGGUUGAAAUAAUGUGUUCUGAUUCUCACUUUAAAACUAGAAAGGUAACCGCCAUUAUGGUUGCUGUUGUAAAUUAUAUUUAUUUUGUAAAAACGUUUGCAUAGAAACUACAAAGUAUUCCUUAUUGCAAUAAGUAAUUCAUUAUCCCUGAUGUGAUCGCAUGAUACAAGUGAUUAACUCACAACUUAAACCUUCAAAUGUCAACCAACUUCAACGGCUAACAUCUAUAAAUAGACACGUAGUGUUUAGAGGGCUUGGAUUCAAUCAAUUUUAUAUGUUUAAUGAGUAACUCACAUCCAGGGGUAAAGAUUUAGAAUAGAUUGAAGUCCUUGCACAGCUACCAGUGUCUCAAGCUUACUCUGGUUUUAAAGAUAGCCGUCAACUCUCCAGAAUCAUUGAAAAGUUACAAAAAUGUUAACUUUCAGUUUUAUUCUUUUGUUCCGAUGAUGAUACAUUUUGCGUUGGUGUUCAAAAUUGCUUGAAGUUGAACAUUUCUUUGAUGCAUUGAGUUCAGAUCUGUUGUUUGUUGAACUUUUUGGAUCACCCUGUUUAGCGUCUUCAAUAUUAAAAUAAAAAUGUCUUGUAGUUCAUCAACUAUGUUGUGGGUGAGAAGUGCUGCAAUGAACAAGGAGAUGGAUAUUUAAUGCCUGCUUCAUAUUUGAGCAGUUUUUCCACAAGCUUUUUACCCAAGCUGAUAAUCUCAUGCUCCAAUCCUUCACUUGAAGGCUUCCAGCAUAUCUGAAUUUCUGCUGAUGUGGACUCAGAUGUUGACUUGGUGCCCAUUGUGGUGUCACUGGGUUUAGGAGAUGGUCUAUAAACGAUUAUUUGAGUUGUUGGUGAAAAUAUCGGUAGCUUUGCGUAAAACCCAUGCAGCCAUGUUUAACCCCAUGGGGUUAUGGUUAUAAAAUACAAUUUAGUUGAAUAGUUAACAUGUCCAACUGAUCCUCUCUGUAUCUCUCUCUCAGGCGCCAUCUCACUGAUCGGCUCCCUGCCAGGAGGGCUCCUCACACUUACAGUCAGGGCCACAGAUGGUGGGGGCCUGACAUCUCUGGACAAUGCCGUCGUCGCUGUCAGUGUCAUCAGCGGCACUGUGCACCCGCCGGUUUUCACCCCCACCAUGUUCAACUUCACCAUCAGCGAGG